GCCGUAAAGCGGUCUGCGCCAAACUGUUGUCGUAAAAGCUUGUUCAGCAUCGCCACAACAACACUGUUUUGCAGAAAAGGGGAUUUUGACGUCUGAUUUGGAACACAUUAACAGAUUUUCAAGACGAUUUAAGGAAAAACUUUAACUAGGUGACUCAGGAACAUUUCAUGUCCUCUUGGUACGCUGGAAUUUUCGGACACCCACUCGGACAUGUCCUAUGUCUUCAUCAAUGACUCGUCUCAGACCUCCAUUCCCCUGCUCCAGGCCUGCAUCGACGGGGACCUGCUUUUCACCAAGCGGCUCCUGGAGACGGGCUGUGACCCCAACACACGGGACAACCGGGGCCGUACUGGCCUGCACCUAGCAGCCGCCAGGGGGAACGUGGACAUCUGUUGUUUCCUCCAUAAGUUUGGGGCGGACCUCCUGGCUACAGACUACCAGGGAAACACGGCGCUACACCUCUGUGGACACGUGGAUACCAUCCAGUUCCUGGUGUCCAACGGUCUCAAGAUAGACAUCUGUAACCACAACGGGUCCACUCCUCUGGUGCUGGCCAAGAGGCGCGGGGUGAACAAGGACGCUAUCCGCCUGCUGGAGGGCCUAGAGGAACAGGAGCUGAAAGGAUUCAACAGGGGAGCCCACUCCAAACUGGAGACCAUGCAAAUGGCUGAGAGCGAGAGUGCAAUGGAGAGCCACUCCCUGCUGAACCCCGACCUCCAGAACAGGGAGGGAGUCCUGUCCAGCUUCAGGACCACCUGGCAGGAGUUUGUUGAGGACCUGGGCUUCUGGAGGGUGCUGCUACUGCUGGUGGUCAUCGCUUUGCUCUCUCUGGGCAUCGCUUACUACGUCAGCGGGGUGCUGCCCUUCUCCGCCAGCCAGCUGGAGCUGGUACACUGAGGGAGGGGUGGAUGGACAGAGGGUGAAAGUUGGCUUGGGCUACAUUCUGGUUAUCCACCCUUGUCCAGAAGUGUGCACUUGCACACUCCCCUUUUUAUGGAUUUAAAAGCGUAGGAGUGGUGUAAGCGUUGGCUGGAUUCAACCUUUGUGAAAUCGUUACGAGAAAGUGUGCAAGUGCACACUUCGGGAGAAGGGCGGAGAAUGGGGACUCAGCCAUGGAUGCAUCUGCAGUCUGACGUAUGUGUGCUAUAUGAACAUUUUCUCACUGUGGCCAGUUAUGCAUGAGAAUGCACAUCAUUUCAUGUGUCAUUCAUUUGUAUGACUAAAUUGACCAAAUAUCGACCAGUGACGUGACCAUCUUCUUUCUGGAAUACUGAGCUUUUAAAGCUUUUAAAAUAACUAUCAAAAAAAGAACAUAUUCAGUACCAGUCAAUAGUUUGGAAACACCUACCUAACACCUACCCAUUCAAGAGUUUAUAUAUUUUUUUAUUCAAGAUUGUGCAAAGCUGUCAAGGCAAAGGGUGGCUUCUUGGAGAAUCUCAAAUAUAAAAUAUUUUGAUUUGUUUAACACUUUUGGUUACUACGUGAUUCCAUGUGUGUUAUUUCAUAGUUUGUCUUCACUAUUAUUCUACAAUGUAGAUUUAAAAAAAAAAAAUUUUUUAACAAACCUGGAAUGAGUAGUUGUGUCCAACCUUUUGACUGAUACUGUACAUUUCUUACAUGCAGUUUCAUAACUUUUCAUGUCUAAUUUAGUGUUGACAGUAUUCAGCUCUAUAUGAAGAAACUGUUGUAUUAUCGACCUUUUUCCUCAUGUCACAACAUGUAUUUUUCUGUGUUGUGUGGAUUGACAAGCUGUAUAUUGCUAUAGGUUUUUUUGUGUGUAAUUAUUUACUUGUUCUUCUCCUUCUGUUUACUGUUUUGAAAGGGGCCCAUUUGUUAAUUGAUUUACCCUACAGGGUCAAAUCCUCUUGCAAAGUCAAUAUUUUAGUUUUAUUUCCAUUACCAUUUUAACUGAAGUCUGUUUCUCUCACACUAGUUGCACAUUUCCCUAAUAAUGCUAAUCAGGCUAUAACUGUUGUGUGGAAACUUACAUGGAACAAACAUCUAACAGUGUGUAGAGUUAUCCUGGGUGUCAGUCUGUUUCUGAUCUCUUACCAACAAACUGUUCUGGGAUCAGGCUAGUGUAGAGUUAUCCUGGAUGUCAGUCUGUUUCUGAUCUCUUACCAACAAACUGUUCUGGGAUCAGGCUAGUGUAGAGUUAUCCUGGGUGGCAGUCUGUUUCUGAUCUCUUACCAACAAACUGUUCUGGGAUCAGGCUAGUGUAGAGUUAUCCUGGGUGUCAGUCUGUUUCUGAUCUCUUACCAACAAACUGUUCUGGGAUCAGGCUAGUGUAGAGUUAUCCUGGGUGUCAGUCUGUUUCUGAUCUCUUACCAACAAACUGUUCUGGGAUCAGGCUAGUGUAGAGUUAUCCUGGGUGGCAGUCUGUUUCUGAUCUCUUACCAACAAACUGUUCUGGGAUCAGGCUAGUGUAGAGUUAUCCUGGGUGUCAGUCUGUUUCUGAUCUCUUACCAACACACUGUUCUGGGAUCAGGCUAGUGUAGAGUUAUCCUGGGUGGCAGUCAGUCUGUUUCUGAUCUCUUACCAACAAACUGUUCUGGGAUCAGGCUAGUGUAGAGUUAUCCUGGGUGGCAGUCUGUUUCUGCUCUCUUACCAACAAACUGUUCUGGGAUCAGGCUAGUGUAGAGUUAUCCUGGGUGUCAGUCUGUUUCUGAUCUCUUACCAACAAACUGUUCUGGGAUCAGGCUAGUGUAGAGUUAUCCUGGGUGGCAGUCUGUUUCUGAUCUCUUACCAACAAACUGUUCUGGGAUCAGGCUAGUGUAGAGUUAUCCUGGGUGGCAGUCUGUUUCUGAUCUCUUACCAACAAACUGUUCUGGGAUCAGGCUAGUGUAGGAAGUUGACAAGAGCACAGACUGAUCUAGGACCCUCUUCCAUCACCAAAUCAAGUACAAUAUGAACUGUAAAGUAGCACCUUGAUUGUUGCCUUUGGCAGAAAAGACAAAUGAAUAAAUGUUUGCUGCAUUUUACCUGACAUUCUGUCUGUGUUAGAUGGUAGAUCAGAUCAGCAUGCAGCUUCGUUGCAUUGAAAACUACCUGUUUAUGAAUCUGUGGACUACAUUGCCUGUAUGACGAUUAUUUCAAAUAUUCCGUUAUAUUUUUAGCUAUGUUGUACUCUCUCAAACAUCCAUCCUCACACAUAUUGUAAACCACCUAGUUAAACGCUUUAUGUUAUCUUGUAGAACAACAUUGAUGGUAGGUCUGUCAUUUGAUGUGGAAAAUUAAUUCAUCAUGAAUAACAUUCUGCACUUCCAAUUAUCCUUUGUGAACUGUUAAUUCAGUAUUUAAUCCAAAAUUAAACUUGGAUGUACAAUGAAUACAAAUGUCAAAUGGAAUUGACACCUAAGUCUUAUAAAAGAGUGGAAUAAAAAUCAGAAUAGUUUCAUUAAAACAACUAUGAUAUUUCAAACUUAGUCUUAAAAGUGAUCAUAUAAAAUACAUUAACAUCA